AUGGAUCAUCCCAUUGCCUAUUUCUCACAAAAAUUAAAUGCUGGCCAACGCAACUACUCAACUAUUGAGAAAGAGGCACAAGCCUUAACACUUGGUGUAGAUGCAGCUAAAAUAGCUAAGAUCUACACAGUGCGCAAAUCAGUUGCUUGUGUCCUAACUUUCAUCAACCAGACACAGAAGGAAAACCUACGUAAAUUCUACCGUAAGAAGACUCACAAACCCAAGGACCUGGGACAAAAGAUGACCAGGGCAAUGAGACGUGCACUCACACCUUAUGAACUCACCUGCAAGAGUAAAAAGGAGUCACGAAAACAGGGUUUAAUCCAAUUAGAAAAUAUGCCGUAA